AUGAUGAUAGAGGAGGAGGAGAUCCUUGCUGAAGAAUGUCGCCGAGCAGGGCAACAAGUAGAUGAUGAAGUGGACAACGUGCGAGCCUACCUGGAGGACAUGAUGGACGAGGUUACUCAGCUGAAGGCGGCCGGUGGAAAGGCUUCAUCAGAAGCAUGUUUGAAAGCAGCAAUGGUGCAAGAGGAACCGGACUAUGAAAGACUUCUACAAGAGUUGGAUGGAGAUCUAGAAGUAGUCCACACAGUUCCUCUACAGCAAGUUCGUGCUGCUUUGGAUCAGUGGCGGGAAGCUUUGGAGAAAGAGGUGACCCAGCUCUUAGAUGGAACGUUAAGGCCCAUGCCAAUUGACCGUGCAAAGCAGAUGGAAGCUCAAGGCCUUCUGAAGUUGGUACAGUCAAAGGGCGUCUUCACCUUGAAGCCACCACAGGUCAAGGGCAAGAAGGUGAGGAGAAAGUUUCGACUCGUCCUAUGUGGGAAUCAAGUUGACCGUGAUGACGAAACUUUCAGCUUGUAUGCUAGCGGGGUGAGCGCCGACACAGUGCGGCUAGCCUUAGCUUAUGCUUCCCACAAACGUUGGUAUGGUGGAACCUCCGACGUCACAGGAGCCUUUCUCCUGGCUUCGUGGCCAGACCAUCUAGCAAGGUAUGCAAUAUUCCCUCCGAGGGUUCUCAUCGAUGCUGGACUUGCGCGGGGUGAUGAAGUAUGGGAAGUCAUGCGGCCUCUGUACGGCCUUCGUGAAUCGCCGGCCAUCUGGGCGAAGUGCAGAACCCAACGCUUAAAAGAAGCCCGCAUAUCAUUCCAAGGUCGCACUAUCGUGCUGAAGCAGUCCUCUGCAGAUUCAGAGAUAUGGCUUGCUUUCGACGAGGAUGAUGUGCUGAGAUGGACCUACCGGAACCGGUAUCUGGGAAUGGAGAUACAGCAAAGGCCAGACUUCGCGUUCGAGCUAUCACAGGAAGGGUACAUCCGGGAGUUGCUGCGCAGCUAUGGGAUGGAAGAUGCCCUGUCCACGAAGCUUCCGUGUCCGCGAGAAUGGUUGGCAGGUGAUGACUCUGAGGAGGAGAACUACACCAUGGCCGAGCUCAAGCAAGGUCAGAAGGCAGUGGGCGAACAGCUGUGGUUGAUGAUGCGUUGCAGACCAGACUUGCAGUUUCCUGUAGCGUAUAUGGCCUCGAAAGUCAGCAAGUGCCCCAACCGCGUUGUUCAAAUUGCCAAGCGUUUGUUAGCGUACCUGAAGACUACGGCAUCAAUGAAGAUGGUCAUAGGGAGCAAGGCAGACAACGAGUUCCAGCAGACUACACCCGAACUUGUCGCGUGGAGCGACGCGAGUUUCUCGCCAAGUGGUGAAAAAUCGUUUGGAGCUUCAGUGGUUACAGUGAAUGGUUACCCUGUAGCCUGGAAAGCCAGUAAGCAGGCCUUCGUUACCUUGUCGGUCAUGGAAGCAGUGCUACUGGAGGCUUCAACUUCAACGACGCGACUUGAGAACAUUGGAUGUUUGCUGGACGAGUUGGUAGGUGCUCAUGUUCCACGACGUCUUCUGGUGGACAACGCCUCGGCAGUUGCGAUGAUUGCUGGAGGACCAGGAAGUUGGCGCACGCGUCAUUUGAAGGUCAGAAGUGCGAAGAUCAGAGAGCAAGUCGAGAACUUGGAGCUGCUAGUAGAACAUGUGGGAGGCACUGGUCAGCUAGCUGAUUUG